AUGGUUAAAGAAACAAGGUUAUACGAUAUAUUAGGUGUUAAGGUAGAUGCUACAGACGCAGAAAUUAAAAAAUCCUAUAGGCUAGGUGCAUUAAAAUAUCAUCCAGAUAAAAACCCAUCUGAGGAGGCUGCUGAAAAGUUCAAAGAAAUUUCCGCUUCCUAUGAGAUUUUAAGCGAUUCAGAAAAACGUUCUAUAUAUGACCAAUUUGGUGAAGAAGGCUUGCAGGGUAACGGAGGUCCUGGUGGUUUUGGUGGAUUCGGAGCUGAAGAUUUAUUCAGUCAAUUUUUUGGUGGCGGUUCUGCCAGAUCUAGAGGUCCUCCACGUGGUAAGGACAUUGUCCAUGAAAUUAGUGUUACUUUAGAAGAUUUAUACAAGGGUAAAACAUCUAAAUUAGCCUUGAACAAGAAGGUUUUAUGUAAAGGGUGUGAUGGUCGUGGUGGUAAAGCUGAUGCUGUUAAGAAGUGUACUUCUUGUAAUGGUCAAGGUGUUAAAUUUGUUACUAGGCAAAUGGGUCCAAUGAUUCAAAGAUUCCAAACAGAAUGUGAUGUUUGUCAUGGGGAGGGUGACAUUAUUGAUCCAAAGGGCUUGUGUAAAGAAUGUAAUGGUAAGAAAGUUGCUAAUGUAAGAAAGAUCUUAGAGGUCAAGAUUGAACCAGGUAUGAAGGAUGGCUCUAAAAUUGUUUUCAAAGGCGAAGCUGACCAAGCCCCAGGCAUUAUUCCAGGCGAUGUUGUAUUUGUUGUUAGUGAAAAGCCUCAUAAUCUUUUCAAAAGACAGCAAGAAAAUUUAAUCUACAACGCAAAGGUUGAUUUAUUAACCGCACUAGCCGGUGGCGAUUUUUCUGUUAAGCAUGUUAGUGGUGAAUAUCUAAAGAUUACUAUUAUUCCAGGUGAGAUUAUUUCUCCAGGUAUGGUUAAAGUCAUUGAGGGGAAAGGUAUGCCAAUUCCUAAAUAUGGUGGGUACGGUAAUUUAAUAAUUAAAUUUGAGAUUGAAUUCCCACCAAACAACUUUACUAGUGAGGAAAACUUGAAAAAACUAGAAAGUAUUUUGCCACCUCGUAAAACAGUUGAAAUUCCAGCAAGUGCCAAAGUUGAUGAAUGUACUUUACAAGAUUACAACCCAUCAAAACAUAGCAGUAAUCCACGUGGGGGUCAAAGUUAUGAUUCUGACGAAGAGGAUGGCCAACAUGGUGCCGAAGGUGUUCAAUGUGCUUCUCAAUGA